UUGGUUAUCUUUAGUUUGCUGGCAUUUCAUUACACAUAGCCCUGCCUUUUAUGAAGGACACUUUACUCCAAUGGGACCUUAUCCGGAUGCGCAUCUGCCCGGCUGCGGCGCCUAGCGGUCGCUAUAGUAACACAGGACGAAUAUUAGCAUCUGUCAAAUUUAUAACAGAAAAUGCUUGGUGUCGUGUGUUUGUACAUACGACUGUCCGAUUAAAUGGAUCACAUGGCCACAAAUGAAUAAAUGCGCUAGUUUUUCCAAAGAUACUAUUUAGCCGUGCUCGCUGUCUUGACAGACCCCGCUGAGAACCCCGAUACGGCUGAAGGGGAAUAAUGGCUGCACAGGAGCCAUCUCCACCAUCUUCCUUGGAAGGCAACAAGCCAGGCUUCCCGAAGAAAAUCCUAGCCAACAGUCUGGAAGACAAGCAUUUGUGCAACUCGUGCCAGAAAAUCCUGAGGAGGCCUCUGCAAGCGCAGUGCGGCCAUCGCUACUGUGCCUUCUGCUUCCACAAGAUCGUGAGUUGUGGACCACAGAAAUGCAAUGCUUGCAUCAAGGAAGACCUGUUUGAGGAGUCCACCUCUAUUCUCAAGCAAGGUGGUGCGUUCCCAGACAAUGCGGCUCGGAGAGAAGUGGAGGCCUUGGCAGCCGUGUGUCCCAACGAGGGAUGCUCAUGGAUGGGAACCAUCAAAGAGUUUGAGGCCAACCACGAGGGGAACUGUGAGUUCAUGAUCAUCCUGUGUCCUUCCUGUAAAGAGCUGAUGCGAGCCAACGAACAGGAGCGACACAACGAGAGAGAAUGUCCAGAGAGAACACUCAACUGCAAAUACUGCAAAGAACCCUUCCUGUUAAAGAACAUAAAGGCUCAUGAUGAGAUCUGUCCAAAGUUUCCAAUGAUUUGUGAAGGUUGUGCAAAGAAGAAGAUCCCGAGAGAAAAGUAUGUGGACCAUAUUAAACUCUGCAGUAAAUUUAAAGCACCGUGCAGAUUUCAUGUUGUUGGCUGCGAUACCUCUGUGGAGAAAGAAAAGAUUCAUGAGCAUGAACGUCAGUGUUCCUACGAGCACCUUAACCUCCUGCUGCAUUUCAUCAUGGGCAUUAAAGUGAGCCUGGAGAGCCUGCAGCCCCAGAGCUUGGAGAUGGCUAGCCAUAAGCUACAGGAGCUCCACCAGUCCCUCAGGGACCUAGAGGUAAAAAUGAAUCAGCUGGGUGGUGCUGGUGCGGCUCCCGUUCAGGGUGCUUGUGCUUCCACCCUCUCCACCUACUUCACCCCACUGCCCAGUGCUGUGGGUGCCGCCCUGGACCUUCAGCUUCAAAGUGAAAAGACCAAGGUGACGGAGCUGAGCCGGCGCUGCCAGGAGCUCGAGCUCAAAGUGAGCACGUUCGAGAACAUCAUCUGCGUCCUGAAUAGAGAAAUGGAGCGAUCCUGUGCCACCAUGGAGGCCUAUAACCGCCAGCAUAGGCUGGACCAGGAUAAGAUCGAGAUCCUCAACAACAAGGUUCGUCAGCUGGAGAGGACGGUGAGCCUCAGAGACCUGUCAAUCAUGGAGAUGGAGGCGAAAAUGAGAGAACUGUCUGCAGCCACGUAUGAUGGCAUCUUUGUCUGGAAGAUAUCAGAUUUCACUAAGAAGAGGCAGGAUGCCAUGGCUGGCCGCGCCCCUGCCAUGUUCUCUCCUGCCUUUUACACCAGUAAAUACGGCUACAAGAUGUGCUUACGGAUCUACCUGAACGGUGAUGGGACGGGCCGGAGCUCCCACUUGUCACUGUUCUUUGUGGUGAUGAGGGGGCACAGUGACGCACUGCUCAAGUGGCCGUUCAAUCAGAAGGUCACCCUAAUGCUGCUGGAUCAGAACAACAAGGAGCACAUCAUUGACGCCUUCCGGCCCGACAUCUCGUCGUCUUCGUUCCAGAGGCCAGUCAGUGAUAUGAACAUUGCAAGCGGCUGCCCACUCUUCUGCCCGCUCUCAAAGCUGGACUCUAAAAACUCAUACAUUCGCGAUGAUACAAUUUUCAUCAAAGCCAUUGUAGACCUCACGGGGCUCUAAGGAUGAAGACAGUUUGGCAUCGAAAUGAAGGAUUCAUCAUUCGUCACCAGAAAAUGAGGCUCUGGACCCACAGCCACUGUAGCUAGUUCACAGUUGUAUGAACAUUGUGCGUGUUUUACAGGUGCUGAUAGACAACAUUCCAAGGCCUCGGUGAGCACUUUUCUUAUUUUUGAUGGUUUCAUCCAGGCUUGGACAUGGAAAGAGUGGAGCGUUGGCUAGUGCCAAUGAUGUCCACAUUAUCCACAUGUUAACAUAGUUCAUUCACAACUUGAAUCUAACUUAAAUUAAAGUCUGCAGUGGGGAACGCUUUACCAACUAAGCUACCAGAACACCAAUUCCCUGCAUUUGAACCAUCCCCUUGGGGUGCUAGUGUGAAGUAUCUUGCUCAAGGACCUUGAAGUGAGAGACAGGGAUCGAACCGAGGACCUCUCAUUUCCCUGGCCGAUGCCCUACCCACUGAGCUACCAGGUCACACCUGGCCUGUAGCCCAAACAAAUUAAAUGACAUUGGUCUCUGACAAACAAGACAUUUUGCUUCUGGUGCAUAGUUAAGGUCCAGAGCAGCAGCAGUCAUCGGACAAAAUGAACAUACUGUACUUAAAGCUGUACUAAUCAGUUAGGAGAUGAGCUGUGUCAGCUGAAUGUUUAAUUUGCUUUGGUUCCUGCGUCUUGCGCUUCUCUUACUUUUAGAAGAUGGUGGGCAGGUGGAUGAUGGGAUGACAGAGCAAUGACCUAACCUUCACAUAGAAACAUAACUGGAGCAGCUUUCUGGCUGAUUCCACUUGGCCUGUGAAGCAGACUGUAUUUUUGUUAUCUGAUCCUCACCUGUUUUGUAUAUCUUGUCUUUUUAAAGUGGAUUUUCCAGAUAUUUUUCUUUUAUCGAGAACUGAAAACACUGAGCCUCAGCGUAGCAUGGCAGUAACUGGCCAUGAGCCCAGUGAUGGGUUCACUGGGUCCAGGGCUCAGUAGAAGCUGUCUGACAUGUUUUGCAUUUACGAACCCUUGUAGCCUUCAGAGUAUUGCUCAGCUUUGCACACACUUAGUAGUUCUGUAGUUGGUGUAUAGUUUUUUGACAUCUGUGCCUCGGAUCUAUGUUUGUUGGUAAUCAUGUUGUGGUCGUGAACAUUGCUUGAAUUCCAUGAAUUCUGAAUGCAGUAUUUCAGCUGUGAAUACCCUCGUGUGCUGGUUGUGCACUGCAGCUCCCUUGUGAAGGGCCAUAUUGGUGGAUCAUUAUACUGUACAUACUCUAUACUUAUGGUGGCGUGUCAGAGGGCUGACAUGUGGACCCUCCAACCACUCGGUGCUGCCUGUUGGACUGUGACUUAUUUUGCUCUUAGCUGCAGUUUCCGUUUCAUGUUGGACCUGUGGAAGAUGUUCUGUAGCUUCACUAACAAGAUUACUGGUCAAAGUCAUUGAAAAGGUUGCAUUUUAUGAGAAAUAAAACAUAUUUGCUAACAAGUUCUAAUAAAUAUCUUUUGAUAUUAAA